UUACCCUAUACCCCUACAAUUGUACCCAUACCCCUACAUUUAAAUUUUUUUGACCAAAAUACCCUCAUAUAAAUAGGGUAUAUUUUCCGUUUCAAAAUUUUUUUACCAUUUUCGUUGAAGACUUCCGGAGAAGAAAAUUUUUUGGCGUUUUUGCAUUGUAUACCGGAACACUUAAGAUGGUUCGAAGAAGAGGUGCAGAUGGCCGGAUUCCAGUCCGCACGUUAGACCGGGGUGCAUCUUCAUCUGCAGCUGCAGCUGAGCCGACUGGAUAUCCAGGAGGGUCGUACGAUACAUCGCUUUUGGUGAAGUACGAGCAUCAUGUUGCUCGACAUAUAUGGUUCGGUGAGGAAAGAGGACCAAAGAAAGAGUUGAAGGUUGCCGGACAUGGACUGAAGUUGAAUUCUAGGGUUCCAUUGGCUCUUCCACCACAGAUGGAGAGUUGGGUAUCUAGAUCCGGUUUAGCUUCACUGCAGAGAACGAGUCUGAACAAGAUAGACACAAAUCUUGUCUCUGCAUUUGUGGAAAGAUGGCAUCUAGAGACAUCUUCAUUUCACAUGCCGUUUGGUGAAAUGAGCAUUACUUUAGAUGAUGUCGCAUGUCUACUUCACUUGCCCAUUAGGGGUAUCUUUUGGAGUCCUCAGGAUGUGACUGAAGAGCUAGCUGUUGAACUUGCUGUGGACUACCUAGGAGUGUCACAGAGUCAGGCACAGUCACAUGUUCGGAGCUGCAGGGGGUCGUAUUACAAGUUGGAGUGGUUAUAUGAUAUAUUCGUACAUCAUAGGGCUGCUUCCAGCUGGGCAUAUGCGACUAGAGCAUAUCUAUUGAUGUUGGUGGGUUCCACCAUAUUUGCUGAUAAGACCUUUACACUUGUAGAGGCACGAUACCUCCUCCUGUUUAGGGACUUGGAUGGAUGUUCAGGAUAUAGUUGGGGAGCAGCUGCACUAGUUACCCUCUACCGAUAUCUUGGAGAUGCGUCCAUGUACAGUUGCAAACAGCUAGGUGGAUAUCCUACUCUCCUACAGUGUUGGAUUCACGAGUAUUUUCCAACUGUUGGAAAAAGAGGGGAGAAUUGGAAUCCUGCUGGAAACUGUGGUCUUCCCCGAGCGAUGAGAUGGUCAUAUAGACAGGGAGUCCUGAAGGUCGAUGAUUUACGACCUAUUUUGGACGAGCUGACACCUACCGACGUCAUCUGGCGACCAUGCUCCAACAAAUCUAUGGGUAUGGGAUUAAUCGUAGGGGUACAAGGUAAAAUUUUCCGUUCUCAACUGCAACUUGUAAGCCAUAUAUUGCUCUAUCACUACCCAAUUACGUUUCAUUAA